AUGUUCAAAGGCCCACUCUCUCCACUAAAGACCGUCACCAUACCCAAGCUGGAACUCUGUGCAGCAACAUUGCUCGCACAGCUAAUGGAUUCCUCCACUGUCCUUUCGUGGCUGCGAGAAGAACCGUCAAGGUUUAACGUUUUUGUCGCCAAUCGGGUUUCCACCAUACAUCAACUGACAGAGGGCAUGCAAUGGCACUAUGUUCCUACAGCAAUGAACCCGACUGACAUUUUAUCGAAGGGAGCUACACCCCGGGAACUUCUAGGAUCGAAACUUUGGAUGCACGGCCCACCCUUUUUGCUAGAAGCGGAGGACAACUGGCCACGCAUGUGCUCACCACAACCAAAACUUCCCGAAAUUCGACAAAGGGUUUUGCUUUCUGCAAAUAAUCAUAUGGACAUUUCCCUUUCAUUCAAAUACAUUAACUCAUUCGGAACAAUGCAGCGAAUUUUUGGGUAUGCCAGCAAAUUUAUUAACAUCAAAAAAUCGCCAAGGUCAUCGCAACUUAAGGCUGAAGACAUUCAUCAGGGAACUCAACUUCUUAUUCGCAUAGUACAAAGAGCGCAAUUGUGGCCGGAGUACACUGUAUUGCAAGCCAAUAAAUGCGUCCCUAAUUCGAGCAGCAUUGCCUCGUUACCGCCAUUCCUUGAUGACUUCGGAAUUAUUAGAGUCGGUGGACGAUUAAAAAAUUCGAUGCUUAGCUUUUCAUCGCGCCAUCCAUGCAUUCUACCGAAGGAUCAUCCACUGACGUACGCAAUAAUCAACUAUUUUCAUAGUAGGCAUCACCAUGCAGGUCCUCAAGCUUUACUCGCCUUUAUUCGUAUGCAGUUUUGGCCAAUAGGUGGCAGGAAAACAACAGCUCGCGUUCUACAAAAAUGCAUUAUCUGCCUCAAAUCAAGACCGAGACUCGUCGAGCACAUAAUGGCUGAUCUGUCCAAGGAACGCAUUCAGGCUUCGCGGCCCUUCAUAGACACCGGUGUGGAUUACUGCGGCCCGUUUUAUUAUAAGCCUGAAGUGCGCAACAAAUCGCCACAAAAAUAUUAUGUUAGCGUGUUCAUAUGCUUCCCUACAAAGGCUGUUUGGAUGGAGUUGGUAAGAGACCUUUCAACGGGUGCAUUUAUUGACGCAUUAAAAAGAUUCAUAGCCACGCGUGGAAUACCAAGAUGUAUCUGGUUUGACAAUGCAACGAAUUUUGUAGGCGCUAAGAACGAGCUUAAGGAACUACGAGACUUAGUUCUCAGUGAAAAACACCGCAGCAAACUUCACAACUUUUGCCUCAGUAAUGGUUUCGUUUGGCGCUUCAUUCCCCCUCGCUCCCCGCACUUUGGCGGUUUGUGGGAAGCAGCCGUAAAGACAGCCAAGCAACAUUUCCAUCGUUCCGCUAGCUCAUCAUUUCUUGGGUUUGAUGAAUUGCGUACAUUGGUAUGUGAAAUCUGUGCUGUGAUUAAUUCGGUUCCUCUAACCCCUCUUUCAGAAAAUCCAGUGGAUUUGGAUGUCCUAACACCAGGGCAUUGUUUGAUUGGUGGUCCUAUGACAGCUCUUCCUGAACCGGAUCUCACGGCGCUAAAUUACUCGCGCCUUGAUCGAUGGCAACGUGUAACAUAUAUACAACAAGUCUUUUGGAGGCGGUGGACUCAAGAGUAUCUCACUCUUCUCCAGCAACGCGCAAAAUGGCUUACGCCUCAAGCCAAUAUUCAAGUCAAUGAUGUCGUAAAGGAAGAAAAUUCACCACCCUUGAAGUGGCCUCUAGCACGAGUAAUUGAAGUUAUCCCUGGAGCAGAUGGUGCCGUACGAGUGGCACUUUUGCGAACAUCUAGUGGCAUAAAGCGUCGAGCCGUAAACAAACUGUGUGUUCUCCCGGUAAAGGAUUCUGUUGAAAGCCGUGACCUUUCAACGGGGGGGGAGGGUGUUCGGAGCCGCGGAUGA